CCGGCCGGGAUCCUGCGUCCCGGAGACUCGGAGUGGCCGCGCCAUGAGCCGCCUGGGCUCGGUGCAGCGGAAGAUGCCGUGCGUGUUUGUGACGGAGGUGAAAGCCGAGCCCUCGGCCAAGCGGGAGCAUCAGCGUCAGGUGCAAUGCGUGUGGUCAGUGCAUAGCCAUAGGACACAGCUCCGGGUUCCAUUGUGGAGGACAAACCUGUAGAUCACAGUCCACAUGGACAAUCAAUUUGAAUGUGAUCACACUACAGAGAGGGAGAGCUGUUGUGGUGGGGCAGGAGGGGAAUCUCCGAACUAGAGGCUACAGACAAAGGAUGCCAUUUAAAGUUUUGGCAACCGAAACUCUAAGUGAAAAGGCCUUAGAGGCAGAUGUGUACAAUGCCAUCGCCACAGAAAAGGUGGAUGGGACGUGUUGCUAUGUUACUAACCACAAAGGUCAGCCAUACCUCUGGGCUCGACUAGAUAGAAAACCUAACAAGCAAGCUGAGAAAAGAUUUAAAAAAUUUCUACAUUCAAAAGAAAACUCAAAAGCGCACCUGUGGAACACAGAGGAAGACUUCCGGCCUGUCCCAGAGUGCUGGGUACCAGCAAAGGAAGUAGAGCGGCUGAAUGGGAAGCCAGUACCUGAUGAGAACGGACACAUUCCCGGCUGGGUCCCAGUGGAAAAGAACAGCAAGCAGUAUUGCUGGCAUUCUUCUGUGGUGAAUUAUGAGUUUGGAAUUGCCCUGGUCCUACGGCACAAUCCUGAAGAGCCUGGACUUUUGGAAAUCAGUGCCGUGCCCCUGUCAGAACUUUUAGAGCAAACCCUGGAACUGAUAGGAACAAAUAUCAAUGGAAACCCAUAUGGGCUAGGAAGCAAGAGAUACCCGCUGCACUUUCUCAUACCACAUGGAGCCUUCCAAGUAGAAAACCUGCCGACCCUGAAACACAACGACUUGCUGUCCUGGUUUGAAGACUGCAAUGAGGGUAAAAUCGAAGGGAUUGUGUGGCACUGCGGUGAUGGCUGUUUAAUUAAGGUCCAUCGCCACCACCUUGGUCUAUGCUGGCCUCUUCCAGAUACUUACAUGAACUCCAAACCAGUUAUUAUUAACAUGAACCUAAACAAAUAUGGCUAUGCUUUUGAUAAAGAGUGUUUGUUUAGUCAGUUUUCAAAAAUAGAUAAGCAGAAAUUUGAUAGGCUCAAAGAUAUAAUAUUUGAUGUAUAA